AUGCCAGACCUAGAGCUGGGCAGUGGGGAUGCCAUGAGUCUGAAAAUGCUGGAUAGCUUCCUGGCUGCCCUUGCAACUAGACGUGGCCAUGGAUCCAGUUCUGCCAAUGAGAUACAGGGAGGACGCCGGGGGCGGGGCGUGGGGGUGAGGAGGGGUAGAGCCGGGGCGUUGUGGGUGGCUGGAAAGGUAGAGAGGCCGCACCUGGGGGCCUGCGAGCAGCUCGGGAGCGGUCAGCCUGGUCUUGCCCCAGAAAAUCCCUGCCCCACUCUCCUACAGUCUGGAUGUCCCGGGGGCCACGGCGGCGAUCGCAGAGCUCCGGGGCUCUCACGUGGGGGAGGGCAGGAAGGGGAGGAGGAGCCUCGCGCGGGGCGGGAGCCGAGCCUGUGGCCCGGGCGGGGCUCCUCUCCGGCGGCGCCGGAGUCUGGGGGCCGCGGCUUCCCCCUCCCGGCCCGCGGUGGCGCCUGGCCCCUCCUCCCCCCGCCGCCCCCACCGCCGCCGCCGCCACCAAAGCUAAACCCGGCCGUUGCCUGCAGGAGCCGCGGCAGCGGGCGAUCGGGCCGUGAGGAGCCUCGGGCGCGGCCUCGCCUCCCGGGCUGGUCGCCUGCCUCAGCACCGCGGUCAGCGCAGCCCCUCGCUCGGACCCCGCCGCCCGCCAGCCCCUGGCCCACCUGCGUCGGGACCCGAGGCGCCCGUAUCAGCACCGCGGACAGCGCCCCGGGCCCCAGCUCGCCGCCGCCGCCCACCUGCUCCCAGGGUCAGCACCGCGGACAGUCCCCCUCGCCCGGGCCCGCGGCAGCCUCCGAGCGACCCCGGAUCAUGGCCACCGAGGUCCACAAUCUCCAGGAGCUCCGGCGAAGUGCCUCACUGGCCACUAAGGUCUUUAUCCAGAGAGACUACAGCGAUGGGACCAUUUGUCAGUUCCAGACCAAGUUCCCCCCAGAACUGGACAGCCGGGGUCCAUGAAGUUACCCUGUGAAGAGCACAGACUCUGGGGUCAGAGCUGUAACCUUGGACAAGUUCACUUAGCAUUCAAUUGAGCGGCAGCUCUUUGAGGAGACCGUGAAGACCCUCAAUGGCUUUUACGCAGAGGCUGAGAAGAUUGGGGGCAGCUCCUACCUUGAGGGCUGCCUAGCCUGCGCCACAGCCUACUUCAUCUUUCUCUGCAUGGAG